CGACGACGAUGACCACCUUCUUCUCCCGCACGCCGGAAAGUCUUGCUUCCAUCAUGGCCUGAUCCCUCCCGCUCGUUGCCAUCCUGAUCCUGCUCUCCCGAGCGCCUGAUGAGCUCGUGUCAUCAACCACAGCACCCGCCAAGCCUUCUCCCGUCCGACUUCUUGGGUCCCAAGACCAUCCUGUCUUGUCAUCGGUCGACCUGCGGGCACGAAGGUUUCUGUGCUUGAUCGGAGCCGACUGGGGACUACAUUCGCGGCUAUACAUAUACCUUCAUGUCGCGCCAGCCUGAUGCAGAAUCUCCACCAUUCUUGAUUCCUUUGUCAUACUCGCUUCCCCUCGCUAAGCGGCUACGACUUAUUCAUACAUCCCAAUACGCACUACAUUCCUGACCGUGGUGAAUAUCAUCUACCGGUUCAAGCCUGCAUGAACAAACCACAACAUGGGGAAAUCACAGAAUCCACUGGAGGGCCAUGUCUCCGGACAAUCCAACAAGCCCUUGAGUCAACCUGCACACUCCCUCAAAUGGAAGGAGGUGGCUGAAGAGCUCAAGGCCGAUGUCGAUGAUGGUCUUACGGGGAGCGAAGCCAGCUCCCGACUGGAAGAAUAUGGCAAGAACGAGUUAGGAGAAGGUGAAGGAGUGAAUCCAGGCAAGAUUCUCGUGCGCCAAGUGGCUAAUGCGAUGACUCUCGUCCUGAUCAUUGCCAUGGCGGUUUCGUUUGCAAUCCAAUCGUACAUCGAAGGUGGCGUGAUUGCUGGAGUCAUCUUCAUCAACAUUGCAGUCGGCUUCACUCAGGAGUUCCAGGCCGAAAAGACCAUGGAUUCGUUGCGCUCUCUGAGUUCUCCUACAGCCCAAGCUGUUCGGGACGGCGCAUCAAAGAGCCUACCAACCAUUGAGAUUGUGCCUGGUGACCUGGUAGAAUUAAAGACUGGCGACACCAUUCCAGCGGACAUUCGACUGAUCGAAGCUGUCAACUUUGAGACUGACGAGGCCCUUCUCACCGGCGAGUCCCUGCCUGUACGCAAGGCCCACAACGACGUGUUUGACGCAGAAACCGGCCCUGGCGAUCGACUUAACGUUGCUUAUAGCUCUUCCACUGUGACCAAGGGUCGUGCCACUGGUAUUGUCUUCGCUACUGGCAUGCACACGGAAAUUGGUUCUAUUGCUGCUGCGCUUCGCAAGAAGGACAGCAGGAGGCGACCGGUCAAGCGCAACGAAGAUGGCACUACCAAGACGUAUCGCUACGUACAAGCUGCGAUCCUGACCUGCACCGAUGCCGUUGGCCACUUCUUGGGCGUCAACGUGGGCACACCCCUACAAAAGAAGCUCUCGAGACUUGCAGUCCUGCUGUUCCUCAUCGCCGUUCUCUGUGCCAUCAUCGUGCUGGGAGCCAACUCGUUCCGCAAUCAGCGGGAAAUUAUCAUUUACGCCGUGGCUACCGGUCUAUCCAUGAUUCCUGCCUCGCUGGUCGUCGUGCUCACCAUCACGAUGGCAGCGGGCACCAAACGCAUGGUCGAGCGAAACGUCAUUGUGCGAAAUCUGAGGUCGCUCGAGGCUCUCGGAGCCGUCACUGACAUCUGCUCUGACAAAACUGGAACACUGACGCAGGGAAAGAUGGUAGCCAAGAAGGCAUGGAUCCCAGCGACCGGCACGUACACUAUCGACCAAUCUGAAGAACCGUUCAACCCAACCAAAGGUGACAUCUCUCACAAUGAAAAAGAGCCGCACAAGGUGGCAUACAACGACAAGGACAAGCGGACCAGUUACGCCGAACUCCUGCAGAACAACGACGCACUCAAAGACUAUCUUCGGGCUGCUUCUUUGGCCAAUUUGGCCACGGUACACCAGACGGACUCUGGGGAGUGGCACGCUCGUGGUGAUCCGACCGAAAUUGCCAUUCAAGUCUUCGCAUCUCGCUUUCAAUGGAACCGCAGAGCAUCCGUGUCGGGCGAUAACCCUGCCAUGAAGCUGCUUGUGGAAUUCCCAUUCGACUCCGACGUGAAGAAAAUGAGUGUCAUCUACAGAGACCUGCACAGCGACAAGAUGUAUGCAUUCACCAAGGGUGCGGUGGAGCGUGUCAUCGCCUCCUGUACAUCUUACAUUCCCGAAAACGACAAGCCCGCCGUCGAGAUGACCGAAGCGUACCGAGAGCAGAUUCUCGAGAACAUGGAGGCUCUCGCGAAGCACGGUCUGCGUGUUCUCGCUCUUGCGAGCCGCGACUAUACCGAUCCUUAUGAAGAAGGCAAGGAGAUUGAUCGUGCCACAGUGGAGAAAGACCUGAUCUUCCGUGGCCUCAUUGGCCUCUACGACCCACCACGUGCAGAGUCUGCACCGUCUGUGCGCCGCUGUCAUGAAGCAGGUAUUGAAGUACACAUGCUCACAGGCGACCAUCCGGGAACCGCUCGAGCCAUUGCUGCGCAAGUCGGUAUCUUACCCACGAAGAUGAGGGAGCUCAGCAAAGAUGUUGCCGAUGCCAUGGUCAUGACUGCCUCUCAAUUCGACGCGCUCUCCGACGAUCAAAUCGACGCACUUCCCGUCCUCCCGCUUGUCAUCGCUCGAUGUGCACCAAACACGAAAGUUCGCAUGAUCGAAGCCCUCCACCGUCGCAAGAAGUUCUGUGCCAUGACCGGAGAUGGAGUCAACGACAGUCCCUCUCUGAAGCGUGCAGAUGUCGGUAUCGCAAUGGGUCAGGCGGGAUCUGAUGUCGCCAAAGACGCCUCCGAUAUCAUCCUGACCGACGACAACUUCGCCAGUAUCCUCGCCGCCGUCGAAGAGGGACGUCGCACAUUCGACAAUAUCCAAAAGUUCGUCCUUCAUCUCCUCGCCCAAAACGUUGCCCAGGCCAUUGUCCUCCUCGUUGGUCUCGUCUUCAAGGACGCGGAAGAUCUUUCCGUCUACCCGAUUUCCCCCAUCGAGAUUCUCUGGAUCAUCAUGGUCACGUCUGGAAUUCCCGACAUGGGAUUGGGCUUCCAGGAAGCCGCCCCUGAUGUUCUUCAGCGCCCUCCACAAUCGUUGAAGCGAGGUAUCUUCUCCUGGGAACUCAUGAUCGACAUGGUGGUUCUCGGCAUCUGGAUUGCAGCUUUGACACUGGGCGCCUUCGUCCUGGUUCUCUAUGGCUGGGGUUCUGGCACCAUUGGAAUUGGCUGCAACCAAGACAUUGAUGACGGUUGCGGUCUCAUCUUCCGUGCUCGAGCGACAGCAUUCGCCUGUUUGACGUGGUUCUCCCUCUUCUUGGCGUGGGAAGUCAUUGACAUGCGACGAUCCUUCUUCCGAAUGCAACCCAACUCGGACCGAUACUUUACCCAAUGGAUGUUGGAUGUGUGGAGGAACAAGUUCCUCUGCUGGGCCGUCGUCGCCGGUUUCGUGCUCAUCUUCCCGCUGUUGUAUAUCCCCGGCCUCAACGACCAAGUAUUCAGACAUACGGGAAUUAGCUGGGAGUGGGGCAUUGUGUUUAUUGCUUCAGGAUUGUUCUUCCUCGGUGUGGAAGGCUGGAAGUGGGCGAAGCGAGUCUACUUCCGGAGACUGGCGAAAAAGAACGCCGUGGGAAAUGUGGAUUUGGAGACGAGGGUGUUUGAAAGAUAUCUUACUCAAAGCUCGAGUAUCUCGGCGGAGAAGGAAUUGGCGUAAUAGCAUGAAAUGUCAUGUAAUAUGAAGUAAUGAAAAUGAAUGAAUUUUUC